UUCAGCUCGGGAGGGGGAGACAGACAGGAAUGAAAGCUUUUCCUCAGAGUUGAGGAGCAGGUUGGGCUUCGGUCGCGAAUGAGCGUUAACAGACCGACCGGCGAACAAGAGGAGUUUGUCGAAAACCGCUUCCAUAUUUUACAAACAGCCGCACGAAUGGAGACGAGGACAUGAGGCGGAAUAUGUGUAGACUUUGCUCGGAGCGAGACAUGAGUCCAGGAUACUGAUUAGAGUUGACACAAGCCCAGCUCCAGUAGCAACUCUAUCCACACUUCACCUCCAACCCCCUCCUUCACUCCUCAACCAGGAAAUCAUCGAGCUGUGCUGCUUAUCCUUCUUCCCACAGAUUAAACAAAAACACCAAAACCCUCGGUGGGUUUAUCCAUGAGGAUCUCGUCGUUUUCUCUUUGGGUUUCGCCUCUGGAAGUUCGGCUUUACAUCUGAAGGGAAUCUGCACUGUCGUCGAACAAUGAGUGAGUCAAGUAUCUGUCAGGCGCGGGCCACUGUGAUGAUCUACGAUGAUGGCAAUAAGAAGUGGGUCCCAGCAGGCACGGGCCCCCAGGCUUUCAGCAGGGUCCAAAUCUAUCACAACCCAGGCAAUAACGCCUUCAGAGUGGUGGGACGCAAAAUGCAGACCGACCAGCAGGUUGUGAUGAAUUGUCCAAUUGUAAAGGGAUUAAAAUAUAAUCAGGCCACGCCAAACUUCCACCAAUGGCGGGACGCUCGGCAGGUGUGGGGACUGAAUUUUGGCAGCAAGGAAGAUGCAGCGCUGUUCGCCAAUGGCAUGAUGCACGCGCUCGAGAUCCUCAACUCCAUCCCUGAUGGAGGUUUCCCCACACGGCCCGUGUCCAACGGACCAUCACCAGAAGAGCUGGAACAACAGAAAAGAUUGGAGCAGCAGAGGUUGGAACAGCUAGAGAGGGAGAGACAGGAAAGAGAAAGACAAGAGAGAGAACGACAGGAAAGAGAAAGACAAGAAAGAGAACGACAAGAAAGAGAACGGCAAGCAGCUCCAGUCAUUCCUCCUCCACCACCACUGGCCCCUGGAGGCCCUCCGGCUCCCCCUGGACCCCCACCUCCCCCUGGGCCCCCUCCGUCUGGACCUCCCCCACCACCUGGGCCUCCCCCCAUGGGAGGAGGAGGAGGAGCUCCACCUCCACCUGCUCCUCCUCUGCCCUCUUCUGGAGGAGGUGGAGGUGGGGAAGGAGGAGCAGGUGGCGGGGGUCUCGCUGCUGCUCUGGCAGCUGCCAAACUGCGCAAAGUGGCCAAGGAUGAGGCUGCUGCUGCUGCUGGAGGAGGCAGUGCUGCGGUCAGUGUGGCGGCAGCUCCUAAAGCAGACGGCAGCCGCAGCAGUGUAUCUCUGCCCAGCGGAGGAGGAGGAGGAGGAGGAGGCUUGAUGGGAGAGAUGAGCGCAAUUCUAGCACGACGGAGAAAAGCAACCGAUAAAGGGGAGAAGCCUCCUCCCAAAGCGGAAGAGCCCAGUAAUGAUGAUUCCGACCUUCAAGGCCCAGGCGACUUUAGGAGACCAUGGGAAAAAUCCGCCACCAUGCCCAGGACUAACUCGGCACCCAGAAGUCUGGAAUCACCCUCUUCCUCUAGCCCACUUACCAGGAUGAAACCUGUUAACCAAUCAGCAGAUCAAGACAGUGGAGAAGGAGAGUCAGAGAUGGAACGAAUUAAACAGGAACUGCUAGAGGAGGUGAGAAAAGAGCUUCAGAAGGUUAAGAAUGAAAUCAUCGGAGCCUUUAUUCAGGAGUUACAGAAACGAGGAUCUACAUAGUCCCACAGAGAUGGAUGGGAAGGGAUUGCUCGGUCCUGAGAACCCAGGGAUACACACACACACAUAAUCACCAAGGGACUUAACCCUAAAUCAUUACAAUUCAACCCAAGAUGAGCAUUGUUGUACCUUUACCUGCCAUCGUUUUCUUUCACAUUCAUCCAUUUCUUUUCUCUCCACAUUUAGUUUUACGUAUUUAGUUUUCCACUUAAUGAUUUACAUACCGUACACGUCGUCACCCUCACACUUGAUUCCUGUUAUACAUAAAUGCUCACCGUAAAACUUGCCUAAGGUUAUUGUAUUCAGGGAAUAAAGCAUAUCACUUAUCCCAGUGACUGUAAUGGCCAUAUACAGACCCGCAGAGCCGGCAAGUUAUGAUGCAGCACUAAGACGAGACGGAUCUUGGAGAAAAAGACCUGCAGUACGCACACUAUCUACCACACGUGACCGGACCACCAUGUCAGGUUCCACUCUUGUGCUUUCAGUUGGGAGAUUUUCAUGUCAGGCCUGAUUUAGCACCUCUUUUUCUGUAUAAGGAAAACAAUAGCAUAUUUAACACAUUCAUUUGAGGCUCUGAGCGUCAUGUUUUGUGUGUGUGGUUGCAUGUUUGCGUGUAUGGCUGCACUUGCUUCCGUUUAUCGGUGCCAUCUUGUAUGUGGUCACCUGACCGCCACUAUCCGUUGGUGCGAAACAACUGUUUUCAUAGCUUCAGCCCUCAUUUGAAAUGUUUUUAAACUUUGUGUUGCGAUAUGAAAUACUAUGGCCAUGAUCAUUUUUGUCUGUUGGCCAUGCCAAACUGCCUUGGAAAAUACAUAUAAAUAUAAAUAUAUAUAUAUAUAUAAGGUAUAUAUAUUUGUUUUGAGGGAAAAUGAUAGAAAACUUGAUAAUGUUUCUAUUUUAAUUGAAAUAAUUGGUGAAUGGGGACUUAUUGUGAUUUAUAAUGUUUUCUUUUUCAGAGAUUGUUAUUUUCAGUUUUCUGUUAUCUUUUUUGUUUCUUUUUCUAUAGAAUAUAGGCUUUUUACACUGAAAUAUAUAAAGAAAAUUGCGUAGAGACACUGGAUUAGAUGUCUUUAUAGUCAAAUACAGAUGCUUCUUCUACUGCA